AUGGCGUGGAAAGCAUCCGGGGCGUGGAAAAAGCCCAUCAACCUACCGACUAAGAAAGAUGACUCAAGCUUUCCGGGACUCAAACCCAGGAGUCCUGAGCGUACCAGCAAAAUUGAAUAUGAAGAACUCCAGCAGAACGAACUCAUUGUUCUGGAAGCAAUGUAUGGGGAGGAUUUCGUGAAGCCUGCAGAGACUCAUAGUGCUUGGAAGAAGUCAGAGCCCGCGUUUGACAUUCGCAUUAGGGCGUCUUCAGAUGAGGAUUUCGCAAUCACCUUAGGCGUGGUCAUGACCGCUACGUACCCCAAGAGCCCGCCUCUGUUGACUUUGAAAGAUACUGGCGACCUUCGUGAAGUCGUCCUUUUCAAACUUCAAAAAUAUCUCGAGAUUCAGCCCAAAGUCUUCGCCACUGAGGAGCAGGAGAUGGUGGACCGUAUUGUGGAGGGACUGAGAGACAUUCUGGAAGACGCUGCCCAAGCCAAGGCGAAAGGUCGUGAACUGCCCUCGCUUGAAGAGGAGAGAGCCAUUCAUGAAGCCUACUUGGCCAAACUCGCCCAGGAACAGAAAGAAGAGGAAGAGCGUAAGAAGGAAGAGGAGAGCAAGGAAGAAGAGAGAGUCCUCGGUGGCUUAUUGCAAGUUGAGCUUAAGCGCCAGAAAGAAAAGGCCAAGGAAUUGCGCAAGAAGAAUCGCCCGAAUGGGCUGUCAUCGCUCAACAACAUGGACGGUAUGAACGGUACUGAAAAUGGCCGCAUAGUCUUCGAUCAGCCCUGUCAUACGACAGACAAAACUGGAAAUAUCAUCUCAUUCCAGGCUGUCUUUGGGAAGUCUGAAGUGGCAAAAGGCCCUGUUUCGUCUGUUUUCUCUGUUUGGCCCAUUGUCGCGACCGGCCAGGACUGUCCAAAUCUGGCACUCAAGGAGACGGUCCUCCGCUCCAGUGCAAAAGACGUAGCCGUUUUCAAAAAGCAGAUUCAGUCCCUCGAGACCCAGCUUGAAGCCUUGAAAAAGGUCCGCCACCGCAAUUUGCUUGAAGUUCUCGACUUCAGAGUGGAGCGGGAGAAGAGCAAUGCGGAGAAGGCUUCAGCAAACCUCUGGACUGUUAGCAUUCUCACUCCAAGUGCCGAGAAGGGAUCACUGGCUGAGUUGCUUGAUCUUGCCGGCCGUAUGGACACCAGCAAAGUGCGUGCGUGGACAAGAGACCUCCUGGAUGCCUUGAACUUCCUCCACAACAAAUCACUAGUUCAUGAAGACAUACACCCAGGAAAUGUCUUGCUUUUCAGAGAACAAACUGGGGAGGUGGUUCCCAAACUCUCUGAUGCCGGGUUUCAGAGAGAGUUGCACAACAUUUCAUCCAAGGCGCAAGCACCGCCUGGCAUGAGCUCCGCCAAAUCAGCCUACUGGCUACCACCAGAGACUGCAGCUCUAUCGAAACCGCAUUAUACGGCGAAGACAGACAUAUGGGAAUUUGGCAUCGUUUUCUUGCAAAUGAUAUUUGGGCUUGAUGUACCUCAAAAAUACCAUUCUCCUUCUUCUGUUUCGGACUCCAUGUCCCUCUCGAAGCCGUUGCAGGAGCUGGUCACAAGGUUCUUUAAACCGGACCCCAAGAAACGGCCUCGUGCUUUUGAGCUUGGAUCCAGCGAGUUCCUUGCCACAGAUGCGCCAGUAGUGGUAGAGGAUAGCUCCGCUAUUAUGUCCAACUACCAUUCUCUAAACUCACUGUCACCAAUGCCGCCGAGACUGAGACGCGAGUCGACAAAUAGGGGUAUUACUUCGUCAAGGUAUCGAGAAGAUUUUGAUGAAGAGGGCCGUCUAGGCAAGGGAGGAUUCGGCGAAGUCGUCAAGGCUCGAAAGAAACUCGAUGGACAAAUUUAUGCCAUCAAGAAAAUUAGCCAAAGGUCUCAAGCGAGUCUGACGGAAAUAUUAAAAGAGGUUCGCCUUCUGUCACAACUCAGUCAUCCUGCUGUGGUCCGAUACUACAACACAUGGGUUGAGGAGAUUGUGGACCAGUCCGACACAGAAGGCGAUACCUCCACAGAAGACAUGACCGAGGACUCUAGAGAGACUAUAUCUCAAGACCCGGUUAUUCAUUUCGCCACGAGUACUGGAGGUCUGGAUUUCAUGUCUUCGAGUGGCUACCCUCAAGUUGAGUUCGGUUACGAUGAUUCCGAAGGUGACGAUGACGACGACGAAGAUGACGAAGAUGAAGAAGAUGAUUCUGAAGACGAUAGUGACUCUGACGAUGAUGACAGUCACCGGGCGGUUGGGAACGUACAGCGACACGCACGAAGCCGCUCUCAACGGCCCUUCAGGACUGUUCUGUAUAUCUCUAUGGAGUAUUGUGAGAAGCGGACACUUCGAGACUUGAUCACUCGAAAGCUUUAUCAGAACACCCCUGAGAUUUGGCGGCUUUUCCGACAGAUACUCGAGGGCCUUGCUCAUAUUCACGGUCUGAGUAUCGUGCACCGAGAUCUAAAACCAGAAAACAUCUUCAUUGCUCAUAGCAGUGACGGUACAGACAACGUGAAAAUUGGUGAUUUUGGUCUGGCCACGAGUGGUCAGUUCGCCGUGGACAAGAGCCUACCAAACGCAAUGGAGGCAGACGACAUCACUAGAAGUAUCGGAACGACUUUUUACGCAGCGCCUGAGGUGCGCUCUGCAUCUCACGGCAUGUACAGCUCCAAAGUUGACAUGUACUCGUUGGGUAUCAUCUUCUUUGAGAUGUGUUACCCGCCGAUGCUGGGUAUGCAGAGAGCUGUUGUUCUAGAGCAGCUUCGACGACCAAGCCCGGUACUUCCGUCAGACUUCAAGCCGGCCGAAAGAAUACAAACAGAAAUUGUUACGUCCUUGCUAACUCACAAUCCCAAAGAACGGCCAUCUAGUGCAGAGUUACUGCAGAGCGGAAAAUUACCUGUUCAGAUGGAAAGCGAAACAAUUAGACGAACGCUGGCUGGUCUUGCGGAUCCAAGCUCGCCAUACUACCAAAAGAUGCUGUCGACACUGUUCGCCCGGCCAAUGGAGCAAGCAAAAGACUACGCUUGGGACAUGAAUGAAACAAGCCCUAGUCAGGCAGAUUUACUGAACCAAAGUACUGUGAAGGAAACACUGAUAUCUAUAUUCCGUCGACACGGUGCGCUGGAGUGCCCACGGAACAGCCUCUAUCCGCGUUCCUCCCAUUACACGGAUCAAAAUGCAGUGAAACUGCUGGACACGAACGGAACAGUCCUGCAGCUUCCUUUCGAUCUUACAAUGGGCCAUGCGAGAAUGUUGGCCAAGGCUAGUGGAACAGCGAGCGUUCAGCGAACUUUUGCCUUUGGGAAUAUCUUCCGCGACAGACAGGACCUUGGACAACCUCUCAUGCUCGGCGAAGUCGACUUUGACAUUGUCACGACUGACACUUUCGAUCUAGCCCUCAAAGAAGCAGAGGUUCUUAAGGUUCUCGACGAAAUAAUAGACACGUUCCCAUCGCUGUCAUCGAGCCAAAUGUGUUUCCACCUCGGACAUUCGGAUCUUUUGCAACUCAUAUUCGACCACUGCCGCGUGGAGCCUGGGUCGCGCAGGGCUGCGGCCGAUGUUCUUAGCAAACUUAACAUUCACAACUGGACGUGGCAGAAGAUUAGGGUGCAACUGCGAUCUCCUUUGGUCGGCUUGUCGGCGACAAGUGUUGAUGAACUACAGCGAUUCGAUUUCAGAGAUACCCCGUCCAAGGCGUUUUCAAAGUUGAAAUCGAUCUUUGAAGGCACCGAGAUGUAUCGGCGGGCAUCAUCAACUCUGGCCCAUCUGAAAGAGGUCUCUGAGUAUGCCAAGCGACUUGGAGUUGCCAGUAAAAUCUACAUUACCCCUCUGCACAGCCUCAAAGAGAGUUUCUACACCGGUGGAGUCCUGUUUUCCUGUCUCUACGACAAGAAGGUUAAGGACGUGUUUGCGGCGGGAGGUCGGUAUGACAGUCUCAUCAGGGAGAACCGCCCCAGGAUUGGCAGUCACUAUGAGGAACGCCAUGCUGUGGGUUUCAACCUGUCCUGGGAGAAACUCUCUAGAGUGCCCAAAGCCAACGGCAAGGCGUUCCUUAAGAAGGCUGAAGAAGAGAUUAAUAACCUCUUCCAUAACACGCGCAGAUGCGAUGCUCUUGUGGCCAGUUUCGAUGCCGCCGUUUUGCGGUCUACAGGCGUAGAUCUUUUGCAGACUCUUUGGGCUCAUAAUAUCAGUGCCGAGCUGGCUAGGGACUCACGGUCACCGGAAGACUUGCUCGCCCGGAACCGUGAUGAGGGAUACUCAUGGAUUAUCAUUAUUAAACAAGACGCGAUAGUCAAGGUCAAGACGAUGGACAAGAAGGACACCCCGGACGUUGACCUACCCAUCGCGCAGUUGCUAUCGUGGCUCCGUGCCGACAUCCGGGAACGCGACUCCAAGACGGCAGCCAAGAUAAGGGGAACCGCACAACAUUCCGAGGCCAGCGCGGCGGCGGAUGCGCAUCAGGAGCAGGAUGUGCGGGUGCUGGUGGCGCAGACUCGGAGCAAGAAGUUCAACCGGCGGACGGUGGUGGAACAGGCGCAGGUCAGCGCGGCAAGCCUCGUGCAUUCGUUCCUCGACGGGCCCAUCUUGGCCGUGGAGACGACGGACCAGGUCAUGGACCUCAUCAGGGAGACGUGCCUAUCUGACGGGGAGAGCUGGAGAAAGGCGGAACACAGCGUGACGACGGCGGAGAAGAAGUACGUGCGGGAGAUUCACGACAUGUUGUUGACCUGGAAGUGGGCAUGGGAGAAGAAGAAUGGCAGUCGGCAUUCGUUCCUCUACAACUUCAGGACUGGAAACUGCAUCUACUAUGACCUGGGGGGCUAA